AUGAUGUUAUCACGCUGCCAGAACGAUCAACUACAGGCAGGAGGCGCAAAGCCUGGAGCAACAGUUGUAGGCCGUGGUUCGCGUAGAGGAGGUGGCAGAUUCUUGCCAGAACAGAUAACAGUUUUGCGCACCCGUCCUGAAUCCAUUACUUCCAAAAAAGGUAAAACUGGCACUCCAUUGGAUUUGUGUGCCAAUUACUUCAAUGUGGAGACAACUCCCAACUGGUCUCUAUAUCAGUAUCACGUCGAUAUUCAACCUGAAGAGGAUAGUACUGGUGUCCGUAAAGCUUUGCUGCGUGUUCACCAGAAAACACUAGGAGGGUACUUAUUUGAUGGUACUGUGCUAUACACUGUAAAUAGAUUACACCCAAAUCCCUUGGAACUCUACUCAGAUCGCCACACUGAUAAUGAACGCAUGCGUUUGCUUAUCAAGCUCACCUGCCAAAGAUUUUUUGAUCCAGAUGCAAAAAUUGACAUUCCGGAGUUCAAAUUACAAAUCUGGCCAGGAACUGAAAUUACGCACAAGAUUCUGCGAAUGGAUACAGUCUGGCAAUUAUUGAGGGGCUUCAUAAAUACUAAUGAGAACCAAUUUAAAAAAGACUUUUUGGAAGAAAUAGUUGGAAAGAUUGUUAUGACGGAUUACAAUAAGAAGAUAUUCAGAGUUGAUGAUGUUACAUUUAACGAGUCACCUAAAUCCACUUUCCGUAUGAAAGAUCAAAAUAUUUCAUACAUUGACUACUAUUAUAAGAAAUACAAUACGCAAAUACCGCGAGAAGAAUGGAGUGCUAACAACACGAAUUUUCAUCUAUCGCGAUGGUGUUGG